AUGGCCGAAGUCGCAUCCGACGGUCCAACUCCCGCACCUGCCUCUGACCAGCAGGUCCCCCUCAACGAGAUCCCCAUCUCUCCAGACGGCGGCAUGACCGACGCAACCAACGGCGCCUCGAAUGGCGACAAAUCCAGCGACCAGAUCGUGACCGUCUUCGACGACCCGUCCAACUUCAACGUUAAGCACGCUCUGCAGAAUGUCUGGACGCUGUGGUUCACGAAGCCGCCGAGCGGCAAGCAAGACUGGAACGAGCUGCUCAAGGAGGUCAUCAGCUUUAACAGCGUUGAGGAGUUCUGGGGCAUCUACAACAACAUCACUCCUGCCUCCGAGCUCGCCCAAAAGUCCGACUACCACCUCUUCAAGUCCGGCGUUCGCCCAGAGUGGGAGGAUCCCCAGAACAAGCACGGUGGUCGCUGGUCCUACACUUUCAAGGGCAGCAAGGCCAACGACGAGACCUGGCUCAACAUCAUGCUGGCGGCGAUUGGAGAGAUGCUCGAGGAUGAGAAUGACAGCGAGGUCAUGGGUGUCGUGGUCAACAUCCGUAAGGCCUUCUGGCGUGUGGGCCUGUGGACGAAGACUGCUGGUCAACCACCCAAGGGUCGCAAGGAUGAGGGCGAUCGCGAUGAGGGCCGCAAGCGCCUCGAGCGUAUCGGCAAGCAGUUCAAGGAGGUCCUUGCGCUGGGCCCAAGCGAGCAGGUCGAGUUCAGCGGUCACGCCGACUCGGCUCAUGCUGGCAGCAGCCGCGCAAAGGCCAAAUUCACCGUCUAA